GAUGGGAAAGCCCACGCUGGCUCUUUCGAUUCGCUCCAGCAGAGUUUCCUGCCGCUUUAAGAGCGAUCCCGGGACGGAAAAUUCCACCCCGUGCAGCUUCUCCCCUCGUUGCAUCUUUUUGAUGUGUGUUAGUGGGCGGGGGGAGAGCGAGAGAGAGAAGCCACAUCAGAUGGAAACCCGCGAUUGCAAGCGACUCCUUAAAGGGACAGGAGCCCAGACGCCGCCCGCGACUUGGUCCACGUUGAGGACACGCGAGGUCCUGUAGUCGUGCUCUUUUCCCUUUUUCUUUCUUUUUUUGAGUGGGCGAGCGGAGCAUCCGCACCACCCCGUCCUAUUUCCCCCAGUCCGUGCCCCCACCCCACCCUGAACCUGCUCCGAUCCGCGGGCGCAGAGGCGGGGAGGGCUCGACUGGAUCGUGGAAGGGGAGCGAGGGACGCCGAAGGAGGCAGCGCUUCUUCGGCCGCGCAGUUCCAAGCGAGCCCCGGCGCCUCGGUUGCUGCUGCUGCUGCUGCCGCCCUUUGUCCCUGCGGCGCCGCCCCUUCCUCGGAGCCCCCCCAUCCGCCGGCCGCCCGGCCGCCCGUCCACGCCCCGCUCCUCCUCCUCCUGCGCCUGGAAGCUGCGAGGAUGGAGCGGCUCCUGCGAAGACCCCCGGCCGCCCUCCGCCGCCUCCCGCUCCUCCUUCUCCUCCUCCUGGGCGCAGCGGGCGCAGCCAGGCAGGGGCUGCAAGUACUUGACCUCCUGUCGGUGACGGAGCCCAGGCAUAUGGCCAAUGUGGCCGAGAAGAUCCGUACGGAGCUGCUGACCGUCAGUGACCUCUACCUGCUCUCCACUUUCCGCCUGCCCCCCAAGCAAGGCGGGGUGUUGUUUGGGCUCUACUACAAAAAGGACAACAGCCGGUGGCUUGAAGCCACGGUCGUGGGCAAGACCAACAAAGUCCACCUCCGAUACCUGCGGGCCGACGGGAAGUUGCAUUCGGUGAACCUGCAGAACACCAACCUGGUCGAUGGGCGCAGUCACACUGCCCUCUUGCGGGUGAGCGGCCUGCAAGGUGGCCGCCUCUCCGUGGAGCUUUAUGUGGACUGCAAGCUAGUGGACUCCAGCGCAGGGCAGCCCGAGAUGGCGCCUCUCGACCCGGAGCAGGUGGAGGCGGUGGAGGUUCGGACGGGACAGAAAGGCUAUCUCCGCACGCAGGGUUUCUUGGAAUCCCUGAAGCUGAUCUUGGGAGGCUCAAUGAGCCGUGUGGGAGCCUUGAGCGAAUGUCCCUUCCAGGGGGACGAAUCCAUGCAGAACACAGUAUCCAACGUGAUCAAUUCCCUCUUUGGGGAGCAAACAAGGGCCCUCGUGAAACAACUCACCCUUUUCAACCAGAUCUUGAUGGAACUUCAGGAGGACAUGAGAGACCAGGUGAAGGAGAUGUCUUUGAUCCGGAACACCAUCAUGGAAUGUCAGGUGUGCGGGUUUCACGAACACCGCUCCCGCUGCAACCCAAAUCCUUGCUUCAGCGGCGUCGACUGCAUGGAGACGUACGAGUACCCGGGCUACCGUUGUGGACCUUGUCCGCCAGGCUUUGAAGGAAAUGGCACCCACUGUGCGGACAUCAACGAGUGCGCCCAUGCCAACCCCUGUUUCCCUGGAUCCAAAUGUCUCAACACGGCACCCGGUUUCCGCUGCGAACCCUGCCCGCCCGGCUACAAGGGGAACCUCAUAUCUGGAGUAGGGGCAGACUACGCCAAAGCCAGCAAACAGACUUGCACAGACAUUGACGAAUGCAAUGACGGGAACAACGGCGGAUGUGACCCCAACGCCAUCUGCACCAAUACGGUGGGAUCCUACAAAUGUGGGCCUUGCAAGUCAGGUUUUGUGGGGAACCAGAACGGCAGCUGCACCCCGCAGAAGACCUGCCAGAGCCCCAGCCACAACCCCUGCGACAUCAACGGAUACUGCCUCUUCGAACGCAACGGAGACGUUUCCUGCGCGUGCAGCGUGGGUUGGGCCGGGAACGGCAAUGUGUGUGGACGUGACACAGACAUCGAUGGCUACCCAGACGAGCCUUUGCCCUGCAUCGAUAACAACAAGCACUGCUCCAAGGACAACUGCCGGCUUACGCCGAACUCGGGACAAGAAGAUGCUGACAACGAUGGCAUCGGGGACCAGUGUGACGACGACGCGGACGGCGAUGGGAUCAAGAACGUGGAGGACAACUGCCGUCUCUUCCCCAAUAAAGACCAGCAGAAUUCAGACACGGAUUCCUUUGGGGAUGCUUGUGAUAAUUGUCCCAACGUACCCAACAACGACCAGAAGGACACAGAUGGCAACGGGGAGGGGGACGCUUGCGACAAUGACAUCGACGGCGACGGAAUCCCCAACGGGCUUGACAAUUGCCCCAAAGUGCCCAACCCGCUGCAGACGGAUCGUGACGAAGACGGUGUGGGAGAUGCCUGUGACAGUUGCCCCGAGAUCAGCAACCCUACUCAGACAGAUGCGGACAGCGACCUGGUGGGUGACGUCUGCGACACUAACGUGGACAGCGAUGGCGACGGUCACCAGGACACGAAAGACAACUGUGCCGAGAUCCCCAACAGCUCCCAACUUGAUUCAGACAACGACGGCUUGGGAGACGAGUGUGACAAUGACGAUGACAACGACGGCAUCCCCGAUUACGUGCCCCCGGGCCCUGACAACUGCCGUCUCGUCCCUAAUCCCAACCAGAAGGAUUCUGAUGGCAAUGGUGUGGGGGACGUUUGCGAGGAGGACUUUGACAACGACACGGUGGCUGACCCGCUGGACGUCUGCCCGGAGAGCUCCGAGGUGACACUGACCGACUUUCGCGCGUACCAGACGGUCAUCCUGGAUCCCGAGGGCGACGCCCAGAUCGAUCCCAAUUGGGUGGUUCUCAAUCAGGGCAUGGAGAUUGUACAGACGAUGAACAGCGACCCAGGCUUGGCUGUCGGGUACACAGCCUUCAACGGGGUGGACUUUGAAGGCACCUUCCACGUCAACACCGUCACCGACGACGACUACGCCGGCUUCAUCUUUGCCUACCAGGACAGCGCCAGUUUCUACGUGGUCAUGUGGAAGCAGACGGAGCAGACCUACUGGCAGGCCACGCCCUUCCGGGCCACGGCUGAGCCGAGCUUGCAGCUCAAAGCGGUGAAGUCUCGCACCGGUCCCGGAGAAUACCUGCGGAACGCCUUGUGGCACACGGGCCACACCCCCGACCACGUCCGCCUGCUCUGGAAGGACCCCCGCAACGUGGGCUGGAAGGACAAGACCUCGUACCGCUUGCGGCUCCUCCACCGGCCCCAAGUGGGCUACAUCAGGGUGCUGCUUUACGAGGGACCCCAACUGGUGGCCGACUCGGGCGUCAUCAUCGACACGACGAUGCGAGGGGGCCGCUUGGGGGUGUUUUGCUUCUCCCAGGAGAACAUCAUCUGGUCCAACCUGCAGUAUCGCUGCAACGGUCAGCUGUGUGCCAAUUCGGGCUGGUUCAAAUCAGGGCUUCGCUCACCUGAGCUAGGCCUCAUUCUCCUAGACCCGGGUGGGGGGUGGGAUGGGAUUUCCAUGGAGGUCUUUCCCACCAAAUCAGAGUGGGGGGGUAGUAUCCCCUCCACCCUCCCCAAAUAGUUGAGCCUGUUUGGGGGGAAAUGACAGGAUGGGCAUGUUUAUCUCACCGAGGUUGAAAUUCUAUAUAGCAGGUAGAGACAAAGGCAGAAAUUGCAUUUAAAGGCAAAUCGGAACACAGCCGUGCUUGAAAAGUUGCGCUUUCCUGAAUUUUGCAAUGCAGUUAUCCAACUGGUGCUUACCAAGAAAUGCAUGUUAGAUAUACACCAAAAAUGAAUAUGUUGGUCCAAAUAACAUAGGAAAGGGGUUUGUAUUAGGAGAAAUGGCAUGCAUGGUUGUGUAUAUUGAUCAAAAUGUGUUCCUCAUGAGAAAUUCACACUAAAAUGCAGAAGGCUUUCAUGAGGAUUAAAAAAAAACACCACACAAAAUCUGAAUUUAAGAAUGAGAAGAUGACGAGCAACAGAAUCAACAGAUCCUUCCAUCAUCAGGGAUUGGGGCCCUCCAGAUGUUGAUGAACUCCUACGCCAAUCAGCCGCAUUAGGAUGGGAGUUGUAGUUCAGGAAUAUUUGGAGGACCACAGAGUUGUUCACCCCUUUCCUAGACCCGUGUCCCAAUCUACCAGGGAUCACAUACAUAUCCAGUGCAUUUACAGGGGUGUAAAGCAGGGAUGAGGAGCACGUGCCCCUCUAGAUGGACUCCCAACCCCCAUCUGCCCUCACUAUUAGUCAUGCUGGCUGGAGGCAGAUGGGAGUUGGAGUGCAACAACAUCUGGAAAGCCACAGAUGUUCUCCAGGCUUCUGCUUUCCAUAGGUCCAGUGCAAAACCUUGACUAUGGUGUUUCCACUCUACCUAAUGCUCUCUCUCUCUCCUCUCUCUGUAGAUACCAUCCCUGUGGACUUUGAGCCAUUCCGCCGAAUCUUACUGGAAGGGGCUUGAAGUAAGGUCAUCAAAAGGGCUCAGCGCCCAUCCUAGAAGUGGGCAUCAUUUCAGACCCCUAUACACAACACACACACACAGACACACACAAUGGACUGGAAAACUAGCAGACCUCACCCCAUCAGCUUCAGGAAACCCCCAGGAGUUUGCAGCCAGCAGUCUCUUCUGUGGGGGGUUCCCAAGAUUCCUUGGCCACAAGGACCAGCAAAGGAUUCUGGGCCAGCAAGGGCCCAGCCAAUCAGAGAGGGUGGCGACGGAGCAAACUCCCACUGGCGUUACCUAUGUCCCGUCUUUUGCUGUCUUCAUUUUGGGAAACGAUUUGUCCAUAAAAAGUUCUGGCUGUUUUUCUAA